GGGGCGGGGGCGGCGCGGAGCGAGGCGGCACCGGACGGGAACGACGGACGGAGGGAGCCGGGGCCCGACCCCGCCGCGGGGCCGCCGCCAUGGCCGAGCCCGGCCCCGACGACCCGCUCCCGAGCCUGAAGGCGGAGACGCAGCCCCCCGAGAAGCGCCGCCGAACGAUCGAGGACUUCAACAAGUUCUGCAGCUUCGUCCUGGCCUACGCCGGUUACAUCCCGGCGGCGGCCGAGGAGAGCGGCUGGCCGUCGUCGGGGCCCAGCUCCCCGCGGGGCCGGGCCGGGCCGGAGGGGGGCGAGGGCUGGGGCUCGGCCCCCGCCGCCCUGCGCACCAUCGAGACCUUCGUCCGCAAGGCCAAGUCCUCCAAGAAGCGGGGGCCUGGGGCGCCUGGCCCCCCCCGAGAGCGCCCUGCUCGACAAGAUGCGCCUCAAGGACUCCCUGUUCGACCUGCCGCCCCCCCCCCGGAGCCCCCCCCCGCGCCCCCCCGGCGGCGGGAGCGGCGCAGCCGGCGGGGGGGAACCGGGGGGACCCCGGGGGGGGCCGCGGGGAGCCCCGCUCCCGCAUCAAGAAGAGCAAGAAGCGGCGGUGGAAGAAAGGGGAGCGGGAGGGGGGCCAAGGCGUCCCCCAGCGAGACGGACUCGGAGGAGGAGCCGGCGUCUCCCCCGCCCCCCCCCCCCGCCCCCCGAGACGGGGGUCGAACCCCGGGAGGCGGCGGGGGGCAAGCUGGGGGGCGGGGGGGGGGCGCGAAGGAGGGCGGCAGCACCGAGACGAGCCGCGACGGCGACGGCGACGGCAGCUCCAGCGAGGGCGAGAUGCGGGUGAUGGACGAGGACAUCAUGGUGGAGUCGGGCGACGACUCGUGGGACCUGAUCACCUGCUACUGCCAGAAGCCGUUCGCGGGGCGGCCGAUGAUCGAGUGCAGCCAGUGCGGGACGUGGAUCCACCUCUCCUGCGCCAAGGUCAAGAAGAACAACGUCCCCGACGUCUUCUACUGCCAGAAGUGCAGGGAGGGGCCCCGCCGCGCCCCCCCCCGCAGCCCCCCGCCCCGGGGGGGACCCCUAGCGCCCCCUGACCCGGGGGGGUGAGCGCCCCCCCCCCCCCCCCCCAGCCCCCCUGCCCCGGCCCCACGGACCCAGGGAGGAAUGGGGGGGGGGGGGGGGGGUGCGGGGGUUUGGGGGGGGCCUCAGGGAUGGGACUCAGGCGGUUUGGGGGUCCCUCGCCCCUGGGGUGUGUGCGUGGGGGGGGCCCUUGCCCCAGGCUGGGAGAUUUGGGGGACCCUCACCCCCCCACACUCCCUAAGAUGGGAGGUUUGGUGGUCCCUUAUCCCCAAGAUGGGGGAGUUUGGGGGUCCUGCACCCCCAUAAUGGGGGGUUUGGGGGGCCCUCACCCCACGCCGUGAGGUUUGGGGGAGCCUCAGGUGUGUGUCCCCCCCCAGAAUGGGGGAUUUGGGGGACCCUUACCCCAUGCCAUGAGGUUUGGGGGAGCCUCAGGUGUGUGUCCCCCCCCAGAAUGGGGGAUUUGGGGGGCCCUUACCCCACGCUGUGAGGUUUGGGGGAGCCUCAGGUGCCCCCCCAGGAUGGGGGGGUAGGGGACACUCACCCCCAGAACAGACUAGAUUUGGGGGACCCUCACCCCAGCGUGUGAGGUUUGGGGGGAGCCUCGUCUGCGUGUCCCCAGGAUGGGGGGGGCUGGGGGGACCCUCACCCCCCACAGACAGGACAACGGAGGUUUGGGGGUGACCCCCAACCCCCCCAGGGCAGGAGAGGUUUAAGGGGACCCCCACCCCCAGCCACAAGGUUUAGGGGGACCCCCACCCCGCGGGGGUCCCAAGUCUCAGGGGCUGUGGGGGACCCUCACCCCAGGCCACAGGCAGUGGGGGGGUCCUUGCCCCGGGAGGUUUUGGGGGCCCCCCCAGGUGUACAGUCAGGCUGUAAAUAGAGGGGGGAAGCGGUUUUUCAUGUGUGUUAUUUUUUUAAACUUUUAUUUCCUUGUACCCCCACUUUUUCCUUGGGGGGGGGGGAGGGGAGCCUGCCCCUCCCCUCCCCCCCCCCGGUUUGGGGGUGCUUGGAUGGUUGGAGCAUUGUGGGGGGGAACCCCAAAACCAGCCCGGGUCUGCCCCACUGGCCCCCGGGGGGGGCUGGGUGGGGUUUGGGGGGUCCUGUUCCCGCCCCCCCCCUUGUUUUAAGAAUAAUAUUUUGGAGCGGGGGGGUGGGGGGGGGCGCGCCCCACCACCCCCCCCCCCAACUGUAAAUAAACAGCGCCGCGGCCUUCGUA